AUGGAAAUCAGUCGCUUUUUGCUCGGAUUAUGUGCCUUUCUUUACCUUUACAGAUCUGUUUCGACAGAGUCCACGUGCAAGCUGAAGGCCAAGUUCAACCUGAGCGGCUACAAGGAUGUAGACAAGAAGAAGGUUGUCAUUGGGGGAAUGUUUCCUGUUCACAUGCGUAUAGCUUCCAGUGAUAGAAACACGUCAAGGGUGCCUGUUUCCUCAGGGUGUGAGGGGUUUAACUUGCGUACCUUCCGCUGGACCCAGACCAUGCUGUUUGCCAUCAACGAAAUAAACGAGAGGCAGGACCUGCUGCCCAACACCGACCUGGGCUAUGUCAUCUACGACUCCUGCUUCACCAUCUCCAAGGCCGUGGAGGGCACUCUCACCUACCUGACAGGCCAAGACGAGGCCGUGCCCAACUACCGCUGCGGAACUGGAGCUCCUCUGGCUGCUCUGGUGGGCGCCGGGGGCUCCGACUUAUCCAUCGCCACGGCGAGGAUCCUUGGCCUUUAUCACUUCCCACAGGUCAGCUAUUCUUCCACUUGCUCCGCCCUGGAAAGUAAGUUCCAGUUCCCCACCUUCCUCAGGACCAUUCCCAACGACAAGCACCAGUCUACAGCUAUGGCCCAGCUGGUGAUCCACUUCGGCUGGACCUGGGUCGGCACCAUAGCUGCCGAUGAUGAUUACGGCAAGUAUGGCAUCAAAGCCUUCAAGGAGCAGGUAGAGGAGGCCGGUGUCUGCAUCUCCUUCUCUGAGACCUUGCCCAAGGUGAGUUCACCAGAGGUCAUCCAGCGUAUUGCUAAAACUGUAGUUGAGGCCACGGCCAAGAUCAUUGUGGUCUUCUCGUCAGACGUGGACCUCAGUCCUCUAAUCCUCGAGCUGCUGCGGCACAAUGUGACCAACCGCACCUGGAUCGCCAGCGAGGCCUGGGUCACCUCCGCGCUCAUCAACCAGCCUGGGGUGAACUCGGUGCUCGGUGGUACUCUGGGCUUUGGGGUAAAAAGGGCUGACAUCCCGGGUCUUCUGCGCCAUCUACUGGAUUUGGACCCCUAUGAUAACCUGCUCACAGAGGAAUUCUGGGAGACGUUGUUUAACUGCACAUUGGAUUAUGGAAAAGCGAUGAGUCGGGCCAAACAGAGCGUCAAGGAGGUCAACGGCUCGCUGUCCAGGGUGGUGAGGGGGGUUCCUGGUGGGCUGUGUACGGGCAGCGAGUCUCUGGCACAGCUCAAUAACACCUACUCUGAUGUUUCCCAGUUACGGAUCACUUACAGUGUGUACAAAGCUGUGUACGCUGUGGGUAACGCUUUGCACAACCUGGAGCACUGUGAAGAUGGACAGGGGCCAUUCGUCGGGAAAAGCUGUGCUGACAUCACCAAAUUUGAGCCAUGGCAGCUGAUGUACUACCUGAAGAACGUGCGCUUCAAGGUGCCGCACACAGGAGAAGAGAUCUACUUUGAGGGCGGAGAUGUGGAAGGCGCCUAUGACAUCAUUAACUGGCAGGUCAACAGCAACGGGGAGAUAUCCUACGUCACCGUGGGACGCUACAACGGCUCAGCAGCUCCAGAGGACAGGAUGACCAUCAUGAAUGACUCCAUUGUGUGGAACAAUGAUGUGUUGGAGCCUCCUCGGUCAGUGUGCAGUGAGAACUGCCAGCCAGGCAGCAGGAAGGGAAUCCGACAGGGAGAGCCAGUGUGCUGCUUUGACUGUAUCCCGUGUGCCGAUGGAGAGAUCAGCAACUCAACUAAUGCUCGUGCAUGUAUCCUGUGCAGUUAUCAAGAGUGGUCCAACGAAGCUCACGAUACCUGUGUACCAAAAAUCAUCGAGUUCCUCGCCUUUGGAGAGCCGCUGGGGAUCACCCUCAUCGCCAUCUCGGUCUUCGGAGCUCUGGUCACCAUCGCUGUCGGGGUGGUGUUUGCUGUGCACAUUGGCACCCCUUUGGUGAAGGCCAACGACCCUCUGUUGAGUUUCUCGCUGCUCUUCUCUCUGGUGGUGACCUUCCUCAGCUCCAUCGUCUUCCUCGGAGAGCCUCAGCACUGGAGCUGCAUGACCAGCCAGGUAGCCCUGGCUCUGGGCUUCUCUCUCUGCCUUUCCUCUAUCAUGGGUAAGACAGCAGUGCUGAUGCUGAGAGCUCAGACUCUGAAAGCGGCCCGGAACAAAGCCAAAGCAGCCGCCAAAGCUGCAAAGUUGGCUGCAGCCGAAGCCGCAGAAGCAGCAGCCAACAAUGUCAGUCCUGAUGUCAUUGUAACCAGCACCUUUACCAACAGCGACGCCAACACCUGUGCCGACCCUGAAGUUGACAGGAUCACCUGUGCCCACCAGAGGGCGAUAGCUGCUGUGGCAACGUUAAUACAGGUUGUGGCGUGCACCGUGUGGCUCAUCAUCCUCCCUCCACACCCCUUUGAAAACACCUCUGCCCAGGAUAUAAAGAUCAUUCUGGAGUGUGAUGAAGGCUCCGUGAUCUUCAUCUGUGGCGUCUUCGGCUAUGACAUCCUGCUGGCUCUGCUGGCCUUCAUUUUUGCUUUCAUAGCCCGAAAACUGGAGGACCACUUCAGCGAGGCGAAGUAUGUGACCUUCAGCAUGCUCGUCUUCUUCAUCGUGUGGAUCUCCUUCGUCCCAGCGUACCUCAGCACGCGUGGCAAGUUCAUGGUAGCUGUCCAGAUUUUUGCCAUCUUGGCCUCCAGCUUCGGCCUGCUGACCUGCAUCUUCUUGCCCAAGUGUUACAUUAUUUUGGUCAAACCUGAGCACAACAGAGAGGAGAUGAUGAAGCCCCGCGCCAAACCACGCGACGGAACCGCAACCGGGACCUCGGCCUCUCUCGCUACGACUGCAACCCAGGUUGCAGCCACCGCUAUUGAAGAUUAGUGGAGCUGCGCUAAGAACUAAACAGAGCCACAAUACAGAAAUUGUAUAAUAGGUAAUUGGUUCAUUGGGCAACUAACUGGUCCAGCUGAUUAGGAUCCCUAGUCUU